GCCCUGCUGCUGGACGGGGCCGCUCGGCCUGACAUGAGGCCGUGAGCCUGCACCGCUGCCGGCUGAGACACACGAGGAAGAAGUGGCUAGUUCCAUUAUGUGUGCGUCAGCCAAAUAUAACACCCGGGGUCCAGCCCUCAUCCCAAGAAUGAAGACCAAGCACCGCAUCUACUACAUCACACUCUUUUCCAUUGUCCUGCUUGGCCUUAUUGCCACAGGUAUGUUCCAGUUCUGGCCACACUCCAUUGAGUCAUCCAGUGACUGGACAGUGGAGAAGCGCAGUGUCCAUGAUGUGCCUGUAAUCAAGCUUCCUGCUGACAGCCCCAUCCCAGAACGGGGAGACCUUAGCUGUAGGAUGCACACCUGCUUUGAUGUCUAUCGGUGUGGCUUCAACCCCAAAAACAAGAUCAAGGUCUAUAUCUAUUCACUGAAGAAAUACGUGGAUGAGUAUGGGAUGCUGGUUAGCAACACUAUCUCUCGGGAGUACAACGAGCUGCUGACUGCUAUCUCUGACAGUGACUUCUACACAGAUGAUGUCAACCGGGCCUGCCUCUUUGUGCCGUCCAUAGAUGUGCUGAACCAGAACACGCUCCGCAUCAAGGAAACUGCUCAAGCCUUGGCACAGUUAUCCAGGUGGGAUCGAGGCACAAACCACCUGCUGUUCAACAUGCUGCCUGGGGGGCCACCUGACUACAACACAGCACUGGAUGUUCCCAGAGAUAGAGCCCUGUUGGCUGGAGGAGGCUUCUCCACAUGGACCUAUCGGCAAGGCUACGAUGUCAGUAUUCCUGUUUACAGCCCUCUGUCUGCAGAGGUGGAGCUGCCAGAGAGGGGACCAGGUCCUCGUAGGUACUUCAUCCUGUCAUCCCAAAUGGCUCUUCACCCGGAAUACCGUUCUGACUUGGAGGCUCUUCAAGCUGAGAACGGAGAGUCUGUGCUGAUCCUGGACAAGUGCACAAAUCUGUCCGAGGGAGUUCCUUCUGUUCGUAAACGUUGUCACAAGAACCAGGUCUUUGAUUACCCUCAGGUGCUUCAGGAAGCCACAUUCUGCAUCGUUCUGCGUGGUGCUCGCCUGGGACAAGCUGUGCUAAGUGAUGUACUUCAGGCUGGCUGUGUCCCUAUUGUUAUUGCUGACUCCUAUAUUUUGCCUUUCUCUGAAGUUCUGGACUGGAAGAGAGCCUCUGUUGUGAUACCUGAAGAAAAGAUGCCUGAAAUGUACAGCAUUCUGCAAAGCAUUCCUCAGCGGCAGAUUGAGGAGAUGCAGAGACAGGCAAGGUGGUUCUGGGAAGCGUAUUUUCGGUCGAUGAAAGCUAUUGCUCUGGCCACCCUUCAGAUUAUCAAUGACAGGAUCUACCCAUAUGCUGCCAUGUCUUAUGAAGAAUGGAAUGAUCCCCCAGCUGUUAAAUGGAGCAGUGUGAGCAACCCACUCUUCCUUCCAUUAAUCCCACCACAGUCUCAAGGCUUCACUGCUAUAGUCCUGACAUAUGACAGGGUGGAAAGCCUCUUCCGAGUCAUCACUGAGGUGUCCAAGGUGCCCAGUCUAUCCAAGCUGUUAGUCGUCUGGAAUAAUCAGAAUAAGAAUCCACCAGAAGACUCUCUAUGGCCAAAGAUUCGGGUUCCACUGAAGGUUGUGAAGACCACAGAAAACAAGCUUAGUAACCGCUUCUUCCCCUAUGAUGAGAUUGAAACGGAGGCCGUCUUGGCCAUUGAUGAUGAUAUCAUCAUGUUGACCUCUGAUGAACUACAGUUUGGUUAUGAGGUUUGGCGGGAGUUUCCUGACAGGCUGGUUGGGUAUCCAGGUCGCCUGCAUCUGUGGGACCAUGAGAUGAACAAAUGGAAGUAUGAAUCAGAGUGGACCAAUGAAGUCUCCAUGGUGCUUACUGGAGCAGCUUUUUAUCACAAGUAUUUUAACUACCUUUACACCUACAAAAUGCCUGGAGACAUCAAGAACUGGGUGGACGCCCACAUGAAUUGUGAAGAUAUCGCCAUGAAUUUUCUAGUGGCAAAUGUUACUGGCAAAGCGGUUAUUAAGGUGACCCCACGAAAGAAGUUUAAAUGUCCAGAGUGCACAGCCAUAGAUGGAUUGUCGCUGGACCAGACACACAUGGUGGAAAGGUCCGAAUGCAUCAAUAAGUUUGCCUCUGUCUUUGGGACCAUGCCCCUGAAAGUGGUGGAGCAUCGUGCUGAUCCUGUCCUGUACAAAGAUGACUUCCCUGAGAAACUGAAGAGCUUCCCCAACAUCGGCAGCUUGUAA